CGUAUCCAAGUUGCAACUCUGUGAAUUGCCGCCAUCCAAAUUACAUGGACGUCUUCUCGGAGCUGCGGCGCCAUGCCGGCGGGAACCACGCGCCCAAGGUCAAGCUCAACAUUGUCUUGGCUGCGAUCACCGAUGUGAUCCUCGAGCGUCGUGGCCCGGCCAACGACGCCGAGUCGAUCUCCAACACCGAGUACUUUGCCGCGCUCAUGACGGCGCUCGAAAGCACGGACGCCACGCACACACACGAGAUCCUCCAGCUGCUCAGCAUGGUGCUGCCCGAGGUCCAUGAAGCGGUCUUGCGCACCAAGUUUGAUGCGGUCGCGCACUGCCUCGUGCGCGUCAUGCACGACGCGCAAGCCAACAGCGACGUCGCGUCGCUCAAGUCGGGCCUUGUCUGCCUCGGGCUCGUGCUGCAGGCGCUCGAGCCGACGCCGAGCGUGUGGAGCCACCCGACGGUGCUCAAGACCUUCCACGUGCUCCUCGCGCUUGCGACGGACCCGCAGCCCAAGAUCCGCAAGACGGCGCAGAUCUCGAUCGUCAAGAUCCUCGAAGUGCACGCUGAUGCGCACUGCGACGCUCUCUCGACGCACAUUGCUAGCUUCGCCGAGAACAUCCUCGCCUCGGCCGUCGCCAAGGACCAGACCAAGGUGCUCCAGCUCGUCGGCUUUCUUGCGAGCGCGCUCCCGCUGCUGCCGUCCGAAGUCGUGACGAGCCUCACGGAAGCGCUCUUCAAGCUCCUUGGCGCCAACCAAAAGACGCUGUCGCUUGUGACGCUGCAGGCGCUUGACGCGCUCGUCUCGGCGCCGCAGUCGCAAGUGUCGGCGGCGUGCCUCUACGGCACGCUCAACACGGUGCUGGAAAUGGACGCCAACGUCCACGACAAGGACGUGGCGAUCUGCCUCAUUCACAUCACGUGCCGGUCGGUCGCCCGCCUCCAGCCGCUCCACGCGGCGCAUGCGCAGGAGCUCCUUCCGCGCGUCGUCGUCGCCAUGUGCACCUACUUUGAAUCGCAGCACGUCCAGGUCCACCGCAAGACCGCCGAGUGCCUCAACGUUGCGCUCCAAGCGACGCUCGACUUGUCGUCGGCCGCGCCCCGUGUGCUCUUCUCGCUCGAGAGCCUCCUCAACCUGCGCUACCAGCACGCGUGGUCGUCGAUCUUUGUGCUGCUGUCGUCGCUCGUGUCCUUCUUUGGCCAAGGUGCGAGCCCGAGCUUUGACGGCGUCUUCAAGACGACGGUCGAGCUCUAUGAAGCCAUGGAUGCGAUGCCGCAGGCCUCCGAUGAGAUGCGCAAAGCGUUCACGCGCUUCAUGAUCGCGUCGACGAUCGCGGUUGGCGCCGAGCGCAUGAUUGCCGUCGUGCCUCUUCAGAACGGCGCCGGCAUUGUCGAAGAGCGCACGUGGCUGAUCCCGGUCGUCCGGGACGCGGUCAAGCAGAUCCCGUCGCGCCUCGAGUUUUUUGCGACGCACAUUUUGAACUUGGCCAAGAACUGCGAGGCGGUCGCGCGGUCGGACUCGACGACGCCGCUCGAGUCGAAGCGCAUGCAGGCGCGCACGAUGCAGCUCUGGAGCCUCUUCCCGAGCUUUUGCACCAAGCCCACGGACCUGAACCAAAGCUUCAAGAAGAUCGCCAAGACGCUCGCGAAUGCCAUGUCGGACAAGCGGUACCCGGAGCUCCAGCUGCUCGUGUGCCAGGGUCUCCAAGCGCUCAUCAAGGCCGCCAACCGCGACGACGUGGCCACCGCGGCGGCUGACCAAAUGGCGCUGUCCAAGUUUGCGGCCCGCUUCAUCCCGCUUCUCAUCACGAUCGUCGAGGGCUUGGAUGUCGAAGUCGACUCGGAGCGGCUUCCGACGUUGACCGACACCAUCGGUGGCUACGCCAAGCUCGCCGAGCCGGCCUUUAUCCAAAGCGUCUUCAAGCAGCUCAUGCAAACCCUUCUCGAGACGACGACGCAGUACAAGCGCAGCGACCCCAAGGCGCCCGCGACGCUCGGUCUCCAGGCCCAAGCCCACUUCCACAUGAGCAUCGCGAUGGCGCUGAUCCCGAUCAUUGACGGCAGCCAGGUCGAGCUGUUGUACCGCGUCGUCAAGCCGUAUUUGCUCGACGAUACCGACCCGAUCAUGCAGAAGCGGUCGUACUCGGUGCUCGUCCAGCUCUGUGAGCACCACCCGGCGUUUGCGACGUCGCCCGACAAGCUCACCGACAUGAUCGAGUCGCUCUCCGAGUCGCUCCUCACGUGCUCGGUGCCGGCCAAGAAGAUGCGUCUCCGCGCUCUCAACCAAAUUGUGUCGGCCAUGGAGCGUACGCAGCACGACGACGUGAGCUUCAUCCCUGGGCUUGUCGGCGAGAUCAUGCUCUGCACCAAAGAGGCCAAUGCCAAGGCGCGCGAAGCAGCAUUCGAGCUCCUCCUCGCCAUGGCGCGCCUCGUCGAGUCCAAGCACAGCACACCCGGCGCCGGCCUCAUGGACUUUUUGCAGAUGGUGCUCGGUGGUCUUGCCGCGCGCACGCCCCACAUGCGGUCGGCGUCCGUCCUCUGCAUGUCCCGGCUCGUCUUUGAGUUUGGCCGCACCGAGGACGCGAUCCGCAAUGCGAUGCCCGACCUCAUGCGCACGGUGCUCAUGCUCCUCCACGAGAAGGCCCGUGAGGUCAUCAAGUCGGUCAUUGGCUUCAUGAAGCUCGGCAUUGCGAUUCUGUCCAAGGACGCGCUUGUCGAGUUUUUGCCGUCGAUCAUUGAGGGUCUUCUCAAGUGGAUCGGCGAGGCCAAGCAGCGCUUCCGCGCCAAGACGCGGACGAUCAUGAUGAAGCUCUGUCGCAAGUAUGGCUACGAGUACAUUGCGUCGCUUGUGCCAGAAGGCGACAAGAAGCUCAUUACGCACAUCCGCAAGACCAAGGAGCGCGAGGACCGCCAGAAGGACAAGAAGCACGACGGGCACAGCGGCAGCAAGGCGCAGUCGUUUGAAGAGUUUAUGCAAGACUCGGACGAUGAGGACAGCGACCGCGAAGACGCCAAGCCGUCGGCCAAGGCGUCGGGCAAGUCGGCCGCCAACCUCAAGGUCGGUAAGAGCUACAUCAAGGAGAACGCCGAAGACGAGAUUGUCGACUUCCUCGACAACUCGGCCUUCAAGAACAUUGUCAACUCGCGCAAGACCAAGAAGGCCCACCGCGACGACGAGGACUUUGAGUUCUCCAAGGACGGGCGCUUGAUCAUUCCCGGCGAGCCGGAUGCGGACGACGACGUGGCGAUGGAGUCGGACGACGAAGACGUCGUGCGUCGUGAUGUGCAAAAGCAGCUCGAGCAGAUGGGACUGAGCAAGAAGCGCAAGAUCGAGGCGGUCGCGGGCCAAGAGUACAAGGCCAAGAAGGCCGGCGGCGACAUCAAGAAGAAGGGCAAGCUGGAGCCAUAUGCGUUCAUUCCGCUCGACCCGAAGCUCAUGGCCAAGCGCAACAAGCGCACGGCCGUCAGCCGGUUCGAAAAGGUCGGCAAGCAAAAGCACAAGAAGUAGAUUUAAGUUCUUGCACAAUUUUAGUAUGUUUUGAAUGAAUAGUGGAAGAGAAAGCAACCGCAAGAGUUA